AUGAGUACAAAAGUUUGGAGUUCGAGCUUGCGGACAGUUUUUGUUUUUUCCAAGAGUUUGUGCUCGGGUGUCUUCAAGAAGUUCUCAAUGUGGGUGCUCGCGACCAUGGAUUGUUUGAGAAGUUUGUACAACAUCAUAGGAAUUCGAUUUUUCAUGAUGGCCCUAAUCAAGAUUUGGACACUCAUACUGUACGUUCUGAGAAGGAACUUAAAAAAGGUAUGGAGGGAAUUACAUAAAUCCUCGAACAAGGUGAAAAUCAAAGCAGAUAAUUUGCGUUGUUUGCUUAUGUUGUGGACGCGCUGCAAUCUGUAUGGAAGCAAAUUAUUUACUUGCACCAAUAUAAGCCCAAGUUGUCAAUCUGAUGCAUAUUUUUGCGAAUUAAAUAUUAAAUUUGCUUUGAAUCUGCUAUACUCUCUCAUGUGGCCCAUAGACAGUUAUGGCGUUAGGGUUAUUGAAUUUGCAGCGAUUUUAUUUGAGUUUGAUUAUUAUUUAAACUUCACCUUUGGCAAGCUAAUAACGAGGUGUUUUGUUAGACAAACAAGGAAAUUGAAAGGUUAAGUUAUGCAGUCAUUCAUUUUGAAUUGCCAAGAGCUGAGGCAUUUGGUUACGUUCAGGUGUUAUUAGGUCACGCCUUUUUCCCCGGGGCAACUUUUGAUUUGUUUGUUGCAUUGUCUGAUAUCUUUCAUUUUUCAACGCAAACUGCAAGCUUUCAGUUAUAGCUUUGCCCUUUACAAAACGGAAGUUGAUAAGAAGCAAACAAUUAAUUGAUGUACAUUGCACAUGAACAAUUUUGUAACCUCAUUUCUCUGUGAAAAAGUUUUCACUCACUUGAUAUGAUAUACUUUUAUAGCUUGAGGGUGAUUGAGUUGCCAAGCAGCACACGUGUAACAAACUCGAGAAAGAACAAAGGUUUUUUUUUGUUGUUUUUUUUUAUCCUGAAUUAUGUAAUUCAAAUCUUUGACAUUUUUGCUGGCAGAGUAAAACUUUACCUUUUAUAAUGGACCUAUCCUUGCUUUCAUUGUUUUACUGAAUAUUAUUUACAUCAUAGUUUCCAAACUAAAUCCCUUGUUACACUACUCUGCAGUUCAAAGAAAGUACAGAUUAUGUUGUGAAUUAUUAUUUCAUUGAUUAGAUAUUGUCAGUGGCAGUAAUCUAAUUUAAUUUUAUGCAGUCCAACUCUUCUUUUUCCCUGAGAUUUAUACCUUUACAUGUAGGCGGAAACGAAUACAGGGUGUUCAAACUAAUUUAGUCUAAAUAAUGACUGUAGCAACAAUAAAUGAAAACAUUUUCAGGAGCACAUAUUAUUACUAUUAUUGUUAUAUUUUCUUUAUCAUCAUCAUUAUCUUUAUUAUUAUCAUUAUCAAUAGUCAUUCAUGAUCAUUAUCUUUGUCAUUAACAUUAUUGCUAUUGUUGUUAUUGUUAUUGUUAUUAUUGUUGUUGUUAUUAUCAUUAGAGCAAUUUUACUUGACCCAUGAAAAAGUUAGUAACAACUAGUGCCAAAUAGGUACAAAUAAAGAAAAGAAGACAAUAGAAUUAGUGCAUAAUAGUUCAUAGUAUACUACUACCUAUUUCAAGGGUUAAGUAAAAUCACUUUAUUAUUAUUAUUAUUAUUAUUAUUAUUAUUGUUAUUAUUAUUAUCAUUAUUAUUAUUAUUAUUAUUAUUAUCAUCAUCAUCAUCAUCAUCAUAAUUUUUGCAUCUAGCCAGGCAUUUGUAAGGGAGGCAUUUGGCACAUUGGGGUUGUUUCUGGCAAAAUCAUAUUUGCCCUCUUCCCAUUUUUUGAGUAUGAGACAAAAAGAGGACCACAAACUGAGGUUGUGACAGAGCUACUUUAACUCUACCUGCAGUAGCAGCCCUAGCUGGUCUUCCAUCCAUGUUGGCUGGUCGUUGCUCUAACCUGUAAUAUUUAAAUUCAUUGUUGCUUUUAAUACCAAUUAAUCAAUGUCUUUUUACACAGGUUAUACAACACAAGACUGUAAAGUAUCAAUUGUUUCCCCUUUCACCUAUAUCUACUCAAAGAUUAAGUAAGUAUACCCAUCACAAAAAAAGAAAACAAAAUUUAGCUUUUUUUAUACAUGUUGUACAGUAGUUUUUUUUUUUUCUUAGAUAAUUUUUGUUUUCCUUUUGUUUUUGGGUAUGGUAAUGUACAACUGUAUGCUAAUGAGUUGAAACAAAGGAAAAAUAAGAAUUACCUGAGUUAAGAAAUUAACUACGCAGGGCUGUCAAUAAGGGCUGGUAGCCAGCCAAAACUGCUGGUUAGUUAGCCAUCCUAAGCCGGCUACUUUCAUCUCCUUCUACCAUAAAGCCUGCUAACAAAAAAUAAGCACCAUCAAAUAAAAUUGUAAAGCAUCUGUUUCCCAGUAAAUGGUUUUGAAUGAUAGUGAAUGCACAUUUAAACAGGUUUAGAUCUGUAAAACAUUCGAACUGUGUAAUGUCGUGGAACGCUUGGGACAUUUCAAUGGCAUUGUUCCCAGUCUUGCAUGUAUUCUGACAAAACAACAUGGUGUCCGCAGUGGAAAAUACCUCUUGAAAACCCCUGGAAAUGUGAUUUCCGAGACUAACUUUCAGAAUGUCCCUACAUGUAGAUACCUUGGCCCUAAGUAACUUGUGCCUUUGGUGCGAGUUCAAAAGCCGCCUACUAUUCAUUAUGAGCCUGCUACUUAAAAACUUUUUGACAGGCCUGACUAUGACAUAUAUGUAUGAACUGUGAAUUUUUGUGUUCCUCUUGGUACUAAGAAGUAAUAAUGUAUUUUUAUUUACAGGACUAGUAAAAAGAAAAACUUUAGUUCUUGACUUGGAUGAAACACUUAUACAUUCACAUCAUGAUGGGUAAGGAACCUUUGAUUUACCAGGGAAAGAAAAAUAUGUGCCUUGUCUAUGGCCAUCUACCACUUCCUUUGGAAACAUAAUUAUUUAAUAUGUCAAUAAUAUUGACAGAAUAACUGACGUCUGAAGGUUGACAAAAAUUAUAAUACUAAAGCUUUGGACUGAAUCCCACAGUAACUUAGCUAAGUCUUGUCAUAUAACAACAAGUAAAGUGAUUAAGAUUUUAGUACAAGUCAUUCAUGAGCCACCAGGUCUAUUAAUUUUAUGGUUGCCAGGAUGCAUGGGGUCAUCUUGUUGUGAUUAAAUUGGCCCUUUAUUUUCCUGUAAUAAAAAGAUGUAUUAAUGUCCUUGGUCUCUGACCAAAGCCUGUGGAAUCCUUACAAGUUUUCUUAGCACUUUGAAAUAAAAUAAUCUGAGGAGGGCAAAACAGGGUUUGCACGCACCUUGAAAGUCCUUUAAUUUUAAAAUGGAAAUUCAAGGCCUUGAAAGUCCUUGAAAAUUGCAGUCUGGGCUGGAAAGUCCUUGAAUUUUGGUGCUAACUUUGUCCAACCCGGAUUUUCAUGUAUCUAAAAGGAGCAAACACAGAAAGAUGUUCAGGAUAAAAUUGCUCACAUUGAACACUGAAGAACUAAAAAAAGACAUAUACUCAGGGCUUUUUUUGCAUUGAAUGGAGUCCUUGAAAAUGGGAAAUGUGUCCUUGAAAAGUCCUUGAAUUUUUUGAUCAAAAAAGUGUAUGAACCCUGACAAAAAAUAGUCAAACUACAUUGUUAUACUCUUACCAGGUAAUAAUUAAUACACCUUUUCUUUUCAUUUCAUCUUUAGUGUUCAAAGACAGACGGUAAGACCCGGAACUCCUCCAGAUUUUGUACUUCGGGUAAGAGUAUUGAUUUAAUGCAAAUCAUAAUAAAGAGGUUCUUGACUUACGUAGUUUCGUCUGUGUGUGAGUUGCAACUGUAUACAUGACUGUAUAGUUUAACUGCAAGCUUAAGGAAUAUCUUAAACGUUUCUCACCCUAAUUGAUCUUAGGACACAAAGAAAAUCCUACCUGUAACUGACACUUACAUGUGAUGAAAUUUUAGUUGUUGCAAAAAGACAGUAUUCCUGGUACAGUACAUUGUAUUAAUUUUAAUUUUUUAUUGUCACAAAAGACAAGGAUUACCAUUUAUCACUGGCCAAUAAAUUACUGCAGUUGUCAUUAUUUUACAGUGUAAUUUGCCCUUUUCGAAAUGACAGUGUAGCUAAAAAGAUAAUCUUAAUUUUACGUUUUGUCCUCUCCUCAACCAGUUAAAAAAUGCUUUUUAAUUGAUUUCACAGGUCACAAUAGACCAUCACCCAAUCAGAUUUUUUGUUCACAAGAGACCUCAUGUGGACUUCUUUCUUGAAUGUGUGAGUAUCCCUUUUAACUCCUUGUUGCAGAAGAUGAGCACUGUUUAAACAUUAUGGGACAGUAUUCUUUAAGGUGUGACCAAGAAUGAUUUUUUGAUCAAAACAUACAGUACACUACCAUUAAAAUCCUCCAGAUGGUAAACCUGUUACCAUGGAGUUGCACUGGCGAAUAUGCGUUGAUCAGUGCAGCAAAACCACUCUUAUCCCAAGCGAUUCUUGGAUGAUGAGCAUGGGUUAAUGGUAUCGGUUAGGGUAAAUGGGUAAAGGUUACGGGUAUCGUAAGGGUUCGUGGUCUCUGAAUCCUUUUCUUGAGAACAAGAGAUGUCUUGAAACCAAGCAAUUGCCUUAUCAUGAGACAGUUUCUACCUCACUGAGGAAAAAACUACCAUGAUCAGAAUAAAUAAAGGUGUUACAUGUAACUUUUAGCUCCUUCCCAAAAAUUAAGACAGCGAUGAGGUUUAAUAAUCCAGGCCUGAUGUGCUUACAUGUAGACAUAGGAUGAUUUUAUUAAGUGUAAUGUAACUUAAAUAUGUACAUUACAAAAACUUAUGAAAUCAAUGAUGUGAUAAUUUUGUUUUCUUUGGCAGGUGAGUCAGUGGUAUGAUCUUGUGAUUUUUACUGCCAGUAUGGAGGUAAGACAUCACAGAAUGUCUCUUUGUUACUUUAUUUUAUUUUAUUAUUUUAUUACCAAGUGCUGAUCGGUACCCAUUUGAGACUCAGCUGGAUUCCUAUCUUCAGGGCGUCAAGUCCAGCUUAGAUUCUCAUCUGACCUCCUUAUUGUUAAGGGCUUAAAAUAACUGAGAAUAUUGUGCUUCCUUUGCUCUGACAUCUGAAAAUGGUUGGACAUUCCAGCUUUCUCCGAUAAGGAUGAAAUACAGCAGGCGCUGUCUUCCAGAAAUUUGUUGAUCUGACUCUUGCGGGACUUUAAGAGCUAAUAGUGGUUUUCACUUAUAGUACGUUUACCAUAGGAAGUAUUGUUUGCUUGUAUUCUAGAUCUAUGGUGCUGCUGUUGCUGAUAACUUAGACAGAAAUAGAGGAAUGUUAAAUAGAAGAUACUUCCGACAGGUAAAGUGCUGUAAAUCAGGAUCUUUUUUGAUCAUCCUUAACAAACUAGGAGAAGAGGACUUGUUCUCUUAGAGUUGAUGGAAACUAUUUUACUGGGGUGAGAUCCACCUUACUUUGCGUGUCCACUUUUUUCAUCUUUAUCCCUUAUGCAUUUUGAUACCAGCUAUUGUGUUAAAGAGCGGAAUACUCAGCUGUAGUCAUGGAUCAGUGAGUGGAACGGUUUUUAUGAAACGCCAAGCUGCUAAACCCAUCCCACACUAAGGUUAAAACCUGAGAGGAUCUGAAUUAAACGAAAACCACAAGAUAUUCUUUUUGUCAAAGUUCGAAAAGGUCCAUAUGGAAAUACCGAAAUUAAAAUCCCUAAAAUGCAUUUAAUUUUUACAACUGGAAAAAAGGUCAUUGCACCUCCUAGACGUUCUAAAAGUCCUUUAUUUUUUUCGUGGUUGGUUAUGCCAUUUUAGAGGACUUUUUCAUACUAUGUCUUGUUUGACGCGAAAUUUACCCGUCGAAAUUUCAACCAGUGACCUCAUGACAAUUGACCAAUGGGACAGUGAGUGAUAUUUUACCCCGCUCCCAACAUAGCAUAUGUCAAUCAUUAUUUUCCCGUGUGAAUUUAUAAUAUUAUUCCAAUUCAUUAAGGAGAAGAAAGUUGAUCUAGAGACUUCAUCCCUAGCUCGGUCGUGGUGCGACCUCAUGUAUUGAAGCUCGCUUCGCUCACUUUGAAGAACUUAUGAGAGGUGGACUUGUAGCAUGUCUUUUCACCUCCCUGCCCAGAACAGACGUGGGCACCCCCCCCAAAGAAAUUUUAUUUUGCAAAUUCCACCCUAGCUCGGGUCUGGUGCGCCCUCAUGUAUUGAAGAUCGCCUCGCUCACUUUGAAGAAAUUUUGAGAGGUGGACUUGUAGCAUUUCUUUUCCCCUCCCUGCCCAGAACAAGCGUGGGCACCCCCCCCCCGCCCCCCCCCCCGCUGGAUUCGGUAUUACCGUACAUUUUAUGCAAGUAUUCACGUUUUUGUGUUAGGCCUAAUGCAGUUUGUUUCCAUUUUGCAGCACUGUACGUUAGAUUUUGGUAGCUAUACUAAAGAUUUAACAAUAGUCAAUGAAGAUCUGUCCUCAGUUUUUAUUUUGGACAACUCCCCUGGUGCUUAUCAAUACAACCCAGGUAAAGCAGUAGGCACAUAAAGUAUGAGUAAAGUUAAACUUUAUUUCAACAGGGUGGCCCCUUUCAGCGUGGGCGUUGGUCUCCAUAGGGGCCCAGAGUCUUAAAAGCUACUUUAACUGAAGAUUUGUAGUUUCAUAGUUUUAUUGCAUUUAAAGCAAUAUAAGAGGAGGAUACAAAAAAAAUACUUUUUAAAAAGCCUAAAUAUUAGAACGUUUAAAGAAAACAAGACUAAAAAUUGCGAUAACCAAAAAUGCCUCGGUCGGCGGCAGAAAGCCUGUAUGCUCCCCCGCUUUGCAAUGUUUAAUGGUAGUGGAAAAUUUUCCUGGGCACAUGACUGGAGUUGCAGUCGUUUCACCCGAGAGUCGAUUCGCCCGAACUUAAGUCAGUUCGCCCGAUGAGAUACAACACUUUACAACAAGGUGAACAUACUUAUCAGAGAAGUUAUUUCAGUUAAGCUUGGAUUUUAUUCUUUAUUUCUUUUUUAUUUUAUUUUAUUUUUUCACGUUUAUUACCGUUUUUCAGGCUUUAGGGCAACAUUAAGGCAAAUCGUUACAAUUUUGUUGCCAUAAAGGAGUCUAAAAUCGUCUCAUGUAACGUCGCCUAUUUACUUUCAUUAAUUUGUAACCACUCCGGAUUGCUGCUUUUCAGUGACAUGCAAGUAAUUUUAAUUUUUAAUUUUGUCUGCAGAUAAUGCCAUUCCAAUCAAGUCCUGGUUCGCCGAUCCAUCAGAUACAGCGUUAUUAAAUCUUCUUCCAAUGUUGGAUGCGCUUAGAUUUGUCUCCGAUGUACGAUCCAUACUCAGUCGAAAUCUACACCUACACUCGCCCUGCUACUUUGUUAAAUCUUCAGCUAAGCCGGCACAUGCCUUAUAGAUAUUCCUGCAUCCUGCAAAAGGAUUUCUGCACCAUAAAACUGAAGGAUUAUAAUAGAACUGCGACUGUACUAUAUAUCGUUUCUGUUCUCUUGUUGCUUGUCAAGGACACAUUAGCCAUUUUAAGGGUAAGAGUGGGACUGGGUCGAGUUUGUAUCGAAUUGCACUGUGGGACUGUUUUUGGGAAAGAAUUUGGACCCAGUUUCCAGGUUAUGUGAUCUCGCGAAUAUAAAAGUACUGUAAUACGGGCAACAAGAUACUUGCAACUUGUCUUUCGAGUUUGCUGUAAAACGAGUUGAUUGGCGAUCUUGCGCGUUUUACCCCCCUCGAAAAAAAACCCUUGCGGCCUUGUUUGCUGCAAGACAUGCUCGAACGUGGUUGGCAAUACGCGCAACAUCGCUAUUCAACUCGUCUGGCAGCAAAGUCGCCAAACAAGUUGCACGUUUUACUGUGCCGCAAGGCGCGACAGCGUCGGUAGUUCUCUCAAACAAUCCUAUAAUGCAAUUUCAUACAGAACUGAUCCAGUCCUACGUACAAUUUUAAGUGGCCUAUAGGCAAAAAUUCGAGCAAAGGUUCGACAGUUUACAGGUCAUCUUCUCACUGUUAACAGGUUAGGUCCUCUUCAGGCUAGAGGAUUAGUCUUCAGCGACUAUUCUUUUUUAUAUAUAUAAAGAACUUAAAGUUAACGAUGAGUUUAAAAGAACAGUGUGUGCGGCUAGCUUGUCGUUGUCAAUAAACGCCACAGGUACUUUGCGUGAUCACACAAACAACGGCUGCAGUUGCAGACUACUAAUGUUAAUUUUUUAGUUGGCUGCAACAAAGCUGUUGCUCUUUUUUCGGAUUUUAUAGCAUGAGAUGCUGAUCAACAGCAAAUAGUACCAUGUGAAAGAUCUGCCUUAGAGCCUUCUGUUGAAAAAGGUAUACAGUCGACUCUCUCUUAACGGACACCUCUAUAAGACGGACACCUCUGUAAAACGGACACCUAGAGUUGGUCCCUGCCUUUCUUUACUCCUUUUAUUUGACUCUCUAUGAGACGGACACCUCUCAAAGACGGACACUUAGUGCCGGUCCCAAAGGUGUCCGUCUUAGAGAGAGUUGACUGUACAAACAGGAGCCUAUUCCUUUUUGGACUUGAAGGGGUUUAGUUAUAGUAUUGUCAAUGAUUUCGCCUGUCAUCUUUAGCUACGAGCAGUAAACUAGUACUGAACUUUGGUUGUAAUAAUCGCCACAGAACAAGACAAGUGGUACCGACCCGUCUUCAAAUUGAAGUAAAUUGCCGUAUGCUGUGAAUGCGAUUACAAAUCUCUGUAAUGUUUAGUAGGCCCGUUAACCAUGCGUUUCACUUGUUUUUGUAAUUAGAGGCGAAAUCAUUGACAAUGUGACAAAUCCGCUGACGAUCCCUGGGUUUCUAGGAUUGCUCCUAGAGCCAAGUUACGUUAUGAAUUGCUGGCGGUUUCCAUGGACACCUGCUGACCAAUCCCUACACUUAAAUACUUCGAUGGUUCUCGUUUCAAAUGACGUUUCGUCGCAGAAUGUUCACGUAGGGUUCGGUAGAAAGGCGAGUUAACCAGAAUAGUAAGGUAACCUGUUUCCCAAAUAAAACCCAGAAAAUUGAAAACCGGUAGUAGCGUGUUACACACGCACUGAAAUUGAUGAGCUUUUUGGCCAUUGGACUUCUGUACAGGUCUUUUUGGUUAUUU